AUCACACACAGAAGGCCGGGUUGCUAGUCACAGAUUUCUUCGUUGUCACCGGUUAUUUAAUGAGGGAUUUCGAGAUUUUACGAAACUUUUUAGACUCUUCUCUCAGCAUAUUGUGAAAGUAGCAUCCUCGAGCCAUCCAUAUUAUUUGGAUUGUCAAAGUAUUGGCCACUUGCCUUGGACGAGUCACAACCUUGCUGCUUUCUUUUUUUCUUCUGAUGAUUUCAUAUCGACUCUUACACUUUCGCUGAAACUCCACCCGCCUCUUGGAAGCUGAUAGGAGGAAAUCUUGGCCAAGCCCUGACGGUGCAAAUUGGUGAAGAACAAACAUGGGUCUUCUUUCGCUGGGUUCUCCGUUAUCGUGGUCUGAAACCAAACAGUACGCGGAUCAUGUUCGGAAGCACGGUAUUUUGCAGUUUCUGCACAUCUACAAUAGGCUGAAAGACCGAGAAAAUGACUGCUUGAAGUGGGGUGACGAGGUGGAAUACACUUUGAUAAAACUAGACCAUGAGAACAAGAAAGUUUACACUGACUUGAGGGCCAAAGAAAUCCUAGAUGUACUGACACUGGAGGAAUUAAGAAAUCCAAAGACCAACAAGACUGCAUGGAGACCUGAGUAUGCAGGCUACAUGGUUGAAGGAACACCAGGUCAGCCACUGGGGGGAUGUAUGAGACACUUUAACAUGAUUGAGGCAAACAUGAGGCUAAGACGUGAAGAAGUCUUGAAGAAUCUCUCAGAACCUGGAGAAACUGUUCUGUCAAUAUGUGGAUUUCCCAGACUUGGAUGCCCAAACUUUACAUACCCAAGCUUUGACCCCAGUCCUGGUGGAGGAACAUCCUGUUCGAUGUUUUUUCCUGAUCAGGCAAUAUACCAAGGGCAUCCAAGAUUCAGCACCCUAACAAGAAACAUUCGAGAGAGGAGAGGUUCCAAAGUUGCCAUCAAUAUCCCUGUUUUUAAGGAUGUAAACACUCCAUCACCUUUCAUUGAGAAGUUUCCUGAAGUUGAAGGAGAAGGAGCAGCGGCAGCUUUGCCAGAUCACAUUUACCUAGACAGCAUGGGCUUCGGCAUGGGCAUGUCCUGCCUUCAGAUGACAUUUCAAGCCUGUAGCAUUCAAGAAGCGAGGUUUCUAUAUGAUCAGCUGGCAGUUGUUACUCCCAUCGUGAUGGCGCUCUCCGCCGGUACUCCAAUCUUGCGGGGGUACCUGUCUGAUCUGGAUUGCCGCUGGAGCGUGAUCUCAGGCUCAGUUGAUGAUCGCACUCCCGAAGAGAGAGGUCUGGAGCCUUUGAAAGAAAACCGAUUCGUUAUCCCCAAGUCACGGUACGACUCAAUAAGUACAUACCUGUCUCAAGACGGAGAGAAGUACAGUGAUAUCGAUCUGGUAUAUGAUAAAGAGAUUUAUCAGCAGCUAAUAGACGCUGGUAUUGACGAUCAGUUAGCCCGCCAUUACGCGCACUUGUUCAUCCGGGACCCUUUGACUUUGUUCCAUGAGCACAUUUAUCAAGAUGACGAACAGAACACAGAUCACUUUGAGAAUAUCCAGUCAACCAACUGGCAGACUAUGCGAUUCAAACCGCCUCCUCCCAACUCCACCAUCGGGUGGAGAGUGGAAUUUAGGCCAACCGAGGUUCAACUGACAGACUUCGAGAAUGCCGCCUAUGUGACGUUUGUUGUACUUCUUACCCGAGUAAUUUUGUCGUUCGACCUCAAUCUUCUGAUUCCUUUAUCCAAGGUGGAUGAGAACAUGGUCACCGCCCAGAAGAGAGAUGCAGCCCGCCAAGGACACUUUUACUUCCGGAAGACAUUGAAGAAAUGUCCCGCCGUGGUCAAUGGAUGCGCACAGAAUUCAGAGGUGGAAAAAUGCAAAGACGAGUAUGAACUGAUGACAAUUGACAAGAUAAUAAAUGGAAAGGAAGGUGAAUUUCCUGGUCUGAUACCCCUGAUGGAGAGUUACCUUAGUAACGUGGAUGUCGACAUUGACACGCGAUGCACCAUCUCGCAGUAUUUGAAGCUCAUCUCUAAGAGAGCGUCUGGUGAACUGCUGACCACAGCACAAUGGAUGCGAAAGUUCGUUGAAGUGCAUCCUGACUACAGGAAGGACUCUUUUGUCAGCGAAACGAUUUGUUACGAUCUUAUCAACACUUUCGACCGUAUUAGUAAAGGCGAAGUUGGAGCCCCUGAACUCUUUGGGAAACCCACUUCGAAAACAAGUGACGUCCUGCUGAAGAAAUGUUUGGAAAUCAAAGACGAGAUGAACAAGAUCGAAGCCGGGAAGGAGGUCGUGUAAAUAGGUCACUGGUGUGUUUGUAUUUAUACAGCCAUAAUAUCUAAGCCAGCAAUGAAGCCAGCAAUGAAGCCCGCAAUUUACGUGUUAUGGCCAGCAUUGUUUUGAAAUAAAGGCAGCGUGACGUGUCCUGG